UUUCUUUUUCCUUAAUUCCAUUGGUUGUGAUUUAUAGAUCUGUGCUUGUUUUUGUUUGAGCGUUCUCUUCUAUCCCGAAAACGGUGGGGUUCUUGGGAGUUUUUUCGGUUCAGAUGCGUGUUUUCAGAGCAGCGGCAAUCUGCUGGUAAACUGCAUUGUAGAUUCCCUGCUGGUUCAUGUGCAACGACCACUCUUGGAGACGCGUGUUUGAAAAAAGAAUAGUUCAACCUUUUCAUUUCAUCCUGUCGCUUAAUUUGAAAUGUUAUCAAGUUUAACUGGGGCACUGUCUAUUUACUUGUCACGUUGAGGGUGAAUUUCUGUUUUUGUAGUUCAAAAAAUAUGUGAACUUUAGGAAUCGGAAUGUUUUUAGCUGCAUGGUUCUGCGUUAAGUUUCCCUCUUUUCUUGAAAGCUAUGAGCUGAUAUGAUUUUCCUUCUAUAUUUGAGUUUGAACAUGAGCCGAGCAACCCUGAUUCUACUUGAAUCCCACUGUAUGUAAAAUUCUUCUCUUUUUCACUUGCCUUUCCUUUCCUUUCCUUUUCUCUCUGUUUUUUUUUUUUUUGGGGGGGGGGCCACGCCUGUGAAAUCAUUCAUUCUCUUUUCAUUGAUGUUAAUUAUUAACGUUAAAGAGCUCAAUAGGUCUGGCAGUGGGGUAAAUGGAGAGGAAAUUCGUUUUAUGGGACAACUAGCGUGGGUCCCAUAUGUUCUAGAUAGUCUGAGAUGAGCUGCUUCAACAUGAAUGUUGCAAUUUGUUAAUUUUUUAUUUUAUAUUUAGAUUAGAUAAUAUUUUAAAAAUGACUGUUUCCCUAGAAACUAGACGCAUUCUGUGACGUUUAUCAACCACUACGAAUUCUGCAACAAUUAUUUGACAAAUCACAGAAUUUAAAUUGUGGCAUGAAGUGAUCAGGAUAUGUGUGGCCCCACUUUUAGCAGACGAGAGAACUGAUGUGUCGUCAAAUGAUUUAUUAUCACCACCCUUUUAUCUUUUCGCUAUAGCAUUAAUCCAAAGGGGAUGUUGAUGUCGCUGAAUUUUCAAGUUUCUUAACCGUUCACUAAUACUUUUCUCAUAUUCUAAAAUACACUGGAAAUAUUGAUGCUUAUUACUUUUCACUGAUUCUCUUUGUUUUCUUCGAGGUAGAAACACUCCUUUUCUUUCUAAUUGUAUCGCUGUUCUUUGAGCCCCUAAUACCUGACAAAUUAUGUUAUUCUAUAAUUCUGUUUGCAUCCAUGUGUCCCAUAUUACCAUGAAUUUGAGACGGCAUCUUGACAAUUUCACUACUAACUCUUGGCUUGCGUGAGUUUGAAUUCACUGCCGUCUUACGAUGAAAACAAUCAACAUUGGUGACAGUUUCGUGAUCAAUAAAAUGAAUAUACCAAGAUGGUUGCACAGGAUUUUGUAGCUGAUUUGAACAAGCCACUUGUCUUCCAGGUUGGACAUCUGGGAGAAGCUUAUGAAGAAUGGGUUCACCAGCCGAUUGUGAGCAAGGAAGGCCCUCGUUUUUUUGAAAGUGAUUUUUGGGAGUUCUUGACCCGCACAGUCUGGUGGGCAAUUCCAGUCAUUUGGUUGCCAGUCGUAUGCUGGUUUAUCUUGGUCUCUGUACGAAUGGGUCUUACUUGCCCUCACAUUUCUGUACUGGUUGUCCUUGGCAUUCUUGUAUGGACAUUGCUUGAAUAUACAUUGCACCGGUUUCUUUUCCACAUUAAAACAAAAUCUUACUGGGGAAAUACAAUUCAUUAUCUUCUUCAUGGCUGCCACCAUAAGCACCCCAUGGAUGGCUUGAGGCUUGUUUUCCCCCCUGCUGCAACAGCUGUAUUGUUGGUGCCGUUCUGGAACUUGGUGAAGCUCAUAUCCACUCCCUCAACGGCUCCUGCACUUUUUGGAGGUGGUUUAUUGGGUUAUGUGAUUUAUGAUUGCACGCAUUACUAUUUGCACCACGGUCAGCCAAAGAGUGAAGUGCCCCGGAAUCUCAAGAAGUAUCACAUGAAUCAUCACUUCCGGGUCCAGGAUAAAGGCUUCGGCAUUACUUCUUCAUUAUGGGACAAGGUCUUCGGAACAUGUCCUUCAUCAAAAGUUGAUGCAAAGAGCAGAUGAGUUAUUAUCAAAUACAACAUAUAUUCAUUAGUUUAGAUCAUAGCAGAAUUCAGGUGUCCAGACAAAUAUAUCCAGCGAUUACUGCUUCUAUCUGUGUAUUCACAAUGUUGCUCAUUAUUAAUGCUUUGAAGAAUUAGCGUGCCAUCUUUGUUAAUUUUAUGAUGCCCCAUCUACUACCGAACAUUCUGUAAAAAGUAUUGAUAUGUUAUUCCUAAGAUUUUUGGUGGGAAA